UCGUCGAACGCUGUACAAUGUACAUCCUUAGUCUCUACCUCUACCUCUAACUUCUACCUCCAUACCACGCCAAUGAUCCCCUCUUAGCACUUACAACAGGAAGACUACGCGUCGCAGUCACCUAUGGGCUGAUUUGAGUUGUCGCGAUCAUCUCUCUACGAGAAUCAUGAAGCUACUGACUUCAAGAGCUGCAGUGGCCAAGCGGCGCCAUCGACGACAUGUAUAACCAACAUAGGAUCAUGAGGAGGCUACUCGGCCGACAGAACGUCGAUGCCCCGAACGAUGGAAAUCUCGGUGUCACCAGUUCGCCGGCUGCCCAAUCCUACCGACCUAGUGCUUCUCAAGACGCGCUAUAUCCCUCCGCCGUACCCGUAGCUUGUCUCGAUAGGUCUGCUGACGGUCAGACUGCCGUCCUAGGAGGUCGCCACAUCCUUAAGACUAUCCAUUUCGAUGGCCUGCGUAUAAAGGAGGGUGUCGAUAUACGUUCCGUCAUUACCGCCCAGUUUGCGAACAAGACCAACGCCGCCAGUGUGGCGUCAGACCAAUUAUCGAUCAAAGACGUGAAGCUAGCAUCGAACCAUGGGAACGACCUAACCGCCUUCACUGCAUGCGCAAAUGGGAAGAUCUUUAUGUACGAUAUAAGCCGCUUGGGAUUGGGAGCUGGACUUGAGUUUAUUCAAACCAGGGAAGAUUCGCGACAGGUGAACACCCUCGAUUUCAAUCCCCAUAGGGGAACAUGGUUGUUAUCAGGUGGCCAGGAUGGGACCGUGCGCUGUUUCGAUGUGAAGGCCCCGAUAGCAGGACGGACUGGCCCGACGUUCCGGACUUUUCAAGCUUUCCGCUGCAAUGCCGACGGAAUUAGCGACGUGAAAUGGUCGCCCAAGGACGGCAUGGUUUUCGCCUGCGCCACAGACUCCGGUGUCGUGUUAAAAUGGGAUAUCCGGAAGUCCACAGCUCCUCUUUUAAAGAUCAAUGCCCAUGAUACUCAGAAAGGAGCCUCCUCGAUUUCAUGGCACGCUGACGGUGAUCACCUGAUUAGUGCUGGAUUGGACAGCAAAUGCUAUGUCUGGGACUUGUCUAAGAAUGCUGAGAAGAGACAGAAGCCAAAAUACACCAUCAAUGCUCCGGCUCCCGUAACAACCGUGGCGUGGCGACCUGGCCUCUGGUCAGCCACUGCGCAAGGACGUCGAGCUGCCCAGGUUGCCGUCACGUACGACGAAGGCGGGCACGUCAAGAAGUACGGUAUCAGCUCAGUGCAUGUUUGGGACCUAGCACGUCCAACAAUGCCAUACAAGGAGAUAGACAUAUUUGAGAAUUCACCAAAUGCUCUGCUCUGGCACGACCAAGACUUGUUAUGGACUGCGGGCCCCGAUGGUUUCGCUCAAUGCGACGUCGCAUUCGCCCCUAAAGUCAUAGACCGCCAGCCACUUUCGAGUGUAGCUUUCUCCGCUCGAGGAGAAGCGUUAAUGUUUCUCGAAGAAAGGGUACACGUACCUCGACCGCGUCCGACGCUCCUAGCACACCAAGGACUACCUAGUUCGUCAUAUAGCUCUAGCCCCACUGGCCAGGUGCUUAGUAUCAGUCGUAGCGACUCUGAAGAAGACGUGGUCGGAAGUUUCCUUGGCACAAGACGACGUCCAGCCGACAAGCGUCGAGCAGCCGCCAGACCAGCCAAUUCCUUGAGUACAACCCCCCCUUCUGGCCCUGGCGUGGAGGACCAAGUCAUUCCUUUAGACCAAGCAAUGAAAGUAACCGGGCCCUUUAGACCACAUCAGGUCAUGGCGAUUGGUCAAAUUCCCGCGGCCCCAAAAUUGCAUUUAUACCGCUAUCUAUCCAGACAUUAUCUGGAGAUUCUUGAGCGGGAUCUUCCAUAUGAUGAAGGGGCAAAGCCGUUGAAUGAAAGGGUAACUGGAAUCAUCGAACAGUAUGCUCGCGCUUCUGAAAGUGUCAGCCAAUUUCGACUAGCACAGACAUGGCGUAUAUUGUCUUACGCUAUUAACCUGCUUCUAACUCGAAGGUCUCAAUAUCAUUUAGAGCAACGCUUGGUUCGCCGUGAUAAGCCAAAUCUAACCAUGAACGAAGUUGCUCGCGAUACUAGGUCGGCACUCUCCAAAGCAGCGAUGUCACCACGUUUGAAAAUUGAUGGGGAAGAAACACCGAGGAAGCCGCCCUCCAUAGCAUCUCUUGAAAAUCGACCAACCCUUGCGAAAUCAUUACUUGCCGAAGAGAUGGAUAGCGAAUCCAACGUGCCUACACCACUAGCUCGACCGGUUAAGGAGGAUACUGGCGACUACUUUCCGCAUACCAGCGGGAGGACGUUAACUCCUGUCUUUGAGAUCGGAAGUUUCAAUUUACCACCCGGUGUACUGCCAGAGCACUUGAGUCCACGGAAACGACUUAACUCCACCGCCCUUUCGACGAUAAGUCAAGAGAGCCAGAGAUCAAGUACUGAAGGAUACGAUUUCUAUGAUUUGGAGGCUGUUGCAAAUAUCCCAAGAGCGAUAGACGUCCCAAGGAAAAAGGAACCGAUAAUCGACUACCGGGGACCAGAUUCUCCAAAUAGACGAAAACCCAUAACAAGGCAGGAUUCGGAAGAAAGUUACGGUCAAAUCUUUUCUAUAUCGGAUUCUAGCAGACAAACGUCCAUUCUUACCGGUUCGUCUAGCGAAAGUGCUCGUCAAUUGGCUAGGAGGAUAGAACUCAACAGGGGCGAUUCGGGAGGGAUAGAGACAGAAUAUGGGAGUAGAAUUAGGGGUAAAUUGAUUUUGGAGUCACCAGAAAAUACUCCAAGAUACCCCAUCCGACAGCGAGUGGAACGGCAGGAUUCGGAUACUUUAACGGAAGAAUUAAGAAUAACUCAGGCGUCUACCGAUACCAUGGAUAGCGAUCCACUGGAGCAAAUCAAUGAACACCCUUCUAUGGAAUACUUGGCUCCAGAAACAGGUUUGCCGUCAAAACUAGCCCAGGAAUACUCUGCUAUAGACCAACCCGAAGACCACCCGUCGCCAGAUAUUACAGAGACCGAUUAUCUCCCUUGGGAAGACGACCCUCCCUAUCCACAUCCACUGGCGGGAAAAGAUAACACGAGAACACCCAUUCCUCCCAUCAACCCCUACGACGUCCUAUCGAGAGCCUUGUCUUUCGAGUCUAAGCACUCCGCCCUAAACGCCUCUGCCAUCGUCCUACUCCUCAAGCCUCUCGUCCCGGACGACGUAAUAGACUCUUACCAAGCAGCCGCCAUCCUCCGUCAACACCACAACCGGCUCAUGAGCAUGAAACUAUUCGUCGAAGCAGCUCUAUUACGUAAUCUAUGCGUUCGCGGCUGGCCAGACGGCCUGGAGCUCUGGGGCGACAAUUACACGGCAGUGUUCGCUCCGGCGCAGGAUCGGGUCUCGGCGGCUUUCGUGUGCGCACAAUGCCAUAAACCGCGUGAAAUCGAUAGGUCGAAAGUGGAUGGUCCGGGUAUAUGGAAGUGCGAGCGCUGCCGUGCUGUUAUGGCGCCGUGUGCCGUGUGCGGGCACAGGGAUGCGACGGCGGACGCGGUGCCGGUCAGAGAAGGCCUAACGACGGCGGCGGCUGAUGAGCCGAUCUUAUCGACGUGGUGGUACUGCCCCGGCUGCUCUCACGGAGGACACGCGAAUUGUCUCCAAGACUGGCACGCGCCUGUCGCGCCAAGGGAGGGUAUUUCCGCGUCCGCCCCCAUCUCGCCGAUCUUCCCCAUCGACCCCCCCUUUCCCGAGACCGAAAGCGACGGCUGCUGCCCCUUCGACGGAUGCGGCCACGCGUGUCUGCCGGGCAAGUGGCGCAACGAGAGCAGCACGGCGCGGAUGGAGGAGCUCGGCCGCGUCGUCCGCGAACACACCCGCGGGAGCGUGUCUAGCGUCGCCUCGGGCCUCAAAAGGGGCGCCGCGGCUGGUGGAAAAGAAAGGAAAGGCAGCACGGCUACUACCGCGUCGUCUAUUGGUACGACGCCCGUCAACGCGAUCAGGGGAGACGCUAUCGAGGUCCCGCAGAGCAAGGCCGUGGAAAGCGUAAGAGAAGCGCUGUCUGCUGCGGAUAUCGGCGGUGGCGGCGGUUCCGCGAGCGCGGGGAGCGCGAGUGCUGGGAGUAAUAGCGCCGGAGGAGGUGGCGGCGCUGGUGGCUUGCUGUCGAGUAUACUGAGCUCGAGUCCCGGACGCGCGGCCACGAGUGCGGUUGUGGGGAGCGGGUCUGAGAGGAGGAAGAGCGUUAAAUUUGCGGGGACGCCGGGGAGUGGGGAGAGGCGGUAGAGUGGAGGAGCGGAGGAGGGAAGUGAGUAUAUAAGCAUCGAGAGUGUGAGUUAUUACGUACGGGUUCGAUCCGGGGGGGUAUGGAGUACGUCGAGUCUGCAUUGUUAAGGCGGCAUUGCAUUGCAUUGUAUUACAUUAGCAUUACCUAGGUUGCAUGGGAAGAACGAAGGGAGGUUGUGGUUUGGUGUGUUUGUAUGUUUAGUACUUUCGUGGUCUUUUUAUACCCUGGGGACGGUAGAUGACGGCGAGCGAGUACGAGCUCGCGGAUGUCGUCUGGAUAAGUGGUUGGUUGGUUGGGUGCUUAUUGGCUGGCUUGUACGAUUAGUAGAACAGAGAGGAGAGUCAGAUAUGUAUGUUUAUCUAUGAUGGCUGCUUAGACGAGCGUGGCUCGGGUUAAUGAAUGGAAAUGGAAAGCUAUCCAAGUUCUCUGGAUUUGCUUUCAACACCAAAAAGUGCACACACGACAUAUCUUGCAGAAGA